AUGGUGUUUAUGCGAUUCCGCCCCCAGCUUAUCGUCUCCUCCCUCUCCCGAGCCCCUAAACCCAGCAGAACCCUAGCCCCACAGCCCCUCGCCGCCGCCGCGCGCCGCCGCUCCCUCACCGCGACCCUUUCCUUCUUCUCCUCCUCCUCCAUGGCCGGGGCAGCACCCUCGGAAGAAGCGCUCCGCCGGGCGCUGGCGGAGAGGCAGGCGGCAGUGGACGCGCAGGCUGAGGCCGUGCGGUCACUCAAGGCCUCCGGCGCCAAGGUGGGCGUCGACGCGGCGGUCGAGGCGCUGAAGGCUCUAAAGAUCGAGGCUGGCGCGGCCGCGCGCAGGCUGCAGGCCGCCGUCGGGUCCGGCGGAGGCGCGGCGCGGGAGGAGAUGCGGCAGGCAGUGGGGAACACCCUCGAGCGGAAGCUCUUCUACAUACCAUCUUUCAAGAUCUACCGCGGCGUCGCCGGCCUGUACGACUACGGCCCGCCCGGGUGUGCGGUCAAGUCCAACGUCCUGGCCUUCUGGAGGCAGCAUUUUGUUUUGGAGGAGAAUAUGUUGGAGGUUGACUGCCCCUGUGUGACACCUGAGGUUGUCUUGAAGGCAUCAGGGCACGUCGAUAAGUUCACCGACCUCAUGGUUAAGGAUGAGAAGACAGGCACAUGCUAUCGUGCUGAUCACCUGUUGAAAGAUUUCUGCAAGGACAAGCUUGAGAAGGAUCUCACCUUGUCCCCUGAGACGGCUGCCGAGUUUAAGCGCGUCCUUGCUGUGUUAGAUGACCUCUCACGAGAGGAACUCGGUGCAAAGAUCAAGGAAUAUGGCAUUGUUGCCCCUGAUACAAAGAACCCACUCUCUGCUCCCUACCCAUUCAAUCUUAUGUUCCAGACAUCAAUUGGCCCAACAGGUCUUAGCGUGGGGUAUAUGAGGCCAGAGACUGCACAGGGUAUUUUUGUCAACUUCAAGGACUUGUACUACUACAAUGGCCAAAAGCUUCCCUUUGCAGCAGCUCAAAUUGGUCAAGCAUUCCGUAACGAGAUCUCUCCACGUCAAGGUCUUCUACGAGUGCGUGAAUUCACAUUGGCCGAGAUUGAGCACUUCGUAGAUCCUGAGGAUAAGUCACAUCCCAAGUUUGUUGAUGUUGCUGAUUUGGAGUUCUUGAUGUUUCCGAGAGAGCUGCAGCUCUCAGGGGAGCCGGCCAAGUUAACGAAGCUUGCAGAAGCAGUUUCGAAGGGAACUGUUAAUAAUGAGACACUUGGUUACUUUAUUGGAAGGGUCUAUCUUUUCCUGACACGUUUGGGAAUUGAUAAGAGCCGAUUGCGCUUCAGACAGCAUCUACCUAAUGAGAUGGCUCAUUAUGCUGCUGACUGCUGGGAUGCAGAGAUUGAGUGUUCUUAUGGAUGGACAGAGUGUGUGGGCAUUGCAGAUAGAUCUGCAUAUGAUUUAAAAGCUCAUUCUGAGAAAAGUGGCGUUCCACUUGUUGCUCAUGAAAAGUUUUCAAAGCCUAGAGAAGUUGAGAAACUUGUUAUCGUGCCCUCAAAGAAAGACCUAGGGCUUGCUUUCAAGGGCAAUCAGAAGAUGGUGGUUGAAGCAUUGGAGGCUAUGAGUGAGAAGGAAGCAAUGGACAUGAAGGCUGCACUGGAAUCUAAUGGGGAGACGAACUUCCAAGUUUGCACACUUGGAAAGGAAGUGGUGAUUACAAAGAAAAUGGUAUCGAUCAGUAUGGAGAAGAAGCUGGAGCACCAGCGAGUCUUCACCCCUUCAGUUGUUGAGCCCUCAUUUGGCAUAGGGAGGAUAAUCUAUUGUCUGUUUGAGCAUUCCUUCUACACAAGACCUAGCAAAUCAGAAGAGGAGCAGCUGAAUGUCUUCCGGUUCCCUCCUAUCGUGGCUCCUAUCAAGUGCACUGUGUUCCCGCUGGUAAAGAAUCAAGAGUUUGAUGAUGCCGCCAAAGUGCUUGAUAAAGAAUUAACAGCUGCAGGCAUCUCACACAUUAUUGACACGACUGGCAUUUCUAUCGGGAGGAGGUACGCAAGAACGGACGAGAUCGGUGUUCCUUUUGCAGUAACUGUCGAUUCUGCAACAGAGGUGACGAUCCGAGAGAGGGACAGCAAACAGCAGGUGAGGGUGGGCAUCGACGAGGUGGCAUCGGUGGUGAAGGAGCUGACAGAAGGCCAAAGCACCUGGACCGAUAUUUCAUUCAAGUAUCCCAGCCAUAUCGGUCCCCAAGGUGACCAGGAGUAA